AUGAUACGAGAAACACCCUGGCGUGGUGCUGGCGUAGCAAUUCCUAUGUUCUCUAUUAGGUCGGAAUCUGAUCUAGGAGUUGGGGAGUUUCUUGACCUUAAGUUACUAGUUGACUGGGCUGUAGCAUCUGGUUUCCAUUUAGUACAACUUUUACCGAUCAAUGAUACAUCUGUUCAUCAGAUGUGGUGGGAUUCUUAUCCAUACAGUUCACUCUCAGUAUUUGCGCUGCAUCCAUUGUACCUGAGAGUAGAGGCACUUUCUGAGAACAUACCAGAGGAGAUCAAGCAAGAGAUUGAGAAGGCAAAACAACAAUUAGAUAAGAAGGAUGUUGAUUAUGAAGCUACGUUGUCUACUAAACUCUCAAUUGCGAAGAAAGUUUUCAAUCAAGAGAAAGAUUUGAUACUUACUUCGAGUUCCUUUCAAGAGUUCUUUUCUGAGAAUGAGAGUUGGUUGAAACCCUAUGCUGCUUUCUGUUUCCUGCGGGAUUUCUUUGAAACAUCGGAACGUAGUCAAUGGGGCCGUUUUGCAAAUUAUUCAGAAGAUAAGUUAGAGAAACUUGUAUCCAAGGAAAGUCUGCAUUACGAGAUAAUUUGCUUCCACUACUAUGUCCAAUACCAUCUACAUUUACAAUUGUCUGAAGCUUCAGAAUAUGCAAGAAAGAAGGGAGUGAUUCUAAAGGGAGAUCUUCCCAUCGGAGUUGACAGAAACAGUGUGGAUACUUGGGUUUAUCCAAAUUUGUUUCGAAUGAACACUUCUACUGGGGCACCUCCUGACUAUUUUGAUAAAAAUGGCCAGAAUUGGGGCUUUCCUACUUAUAAUUGGGAAGAGAUGUCAAAAGACAACUAUGGUUGGUGGCGAGCUCGAUUGACACAGAUGGGAAAAUAUUUCACAGCUUACAGGAUUGAUCACAUAUUGGGAUUCUUCCGAAUCUGGGAACUUCCAGAUCAUUCUGUGACAGGUCUAGUCGGAAAAUUCCGACCAUCUAUUCCUCUAAGUCAGGAAGAACUUGAAAGAGAAGGAAUUUGGGACUUUAAUCGCCUGAGCCGCCCAUACAUUAGACAGGAAAUAUUACAGGAAAAAUUUGGAUCUGCUUGGACAUUCGUUGCAACAACUUUUCUGAACGAAUAUGACAAGAACUGCUAUGAGUUCAAGGAGGAUAGCAACACGGAGAAAAAAGUUGUUUCCAAACUGAAAACUUUUGCAGAAAGUUCACUGUUGUUGGAGAGUGAAGACAAAAUCCGGCGUAGUCUGCUCAAUCUGUUGCAGAAUAUAGUUCUUAUCCGAGAUCCAGAGAAUCCAAAAGAUUUUUAUCCUCGUUUCAACCUCGAAGAGACCUCCAGUUUCCAGGCAUUGAAUGAUCAUAGCAAGAAUGUUCUCAAAAGGUUGUAUUACGACUACUAUUUCCAACGUCAAGAGAAUCUUUGGAGGCAAAAUGCGCUUAAGACUCUACCUGCACUUCUAAAUUCAUCAGAGAUGUUGGCCUGCGGGGAAGAUUUGGGCCUCAUUCCAUCUUGUGUGCAUCCUGUUAUGCAAGAACUCGGAUUAGUUGGGCUGCGCAUCCAACGGAUGCCCAAUGAAUCUGAUCUGGAAUUUGGCAUUCCUUCUAAAUACAGCUACAUGACGGUAUGUGCCCCAUCAUGUCAUGACUGUUCCACCUUGCGUGCUUGGUGGGAAGAAGACGAAGAAAGAAGACAACGUUUUUUCAAGAAUGUGAUGGAGUCUGAUGAGUUGCCACCUGAUCAAUGCGUUCCAGAAGUUGCACAUUAUAUUAUAAGGCAACAUAUUGAAUCCCCAUCGAUGUGGGCAAUUUUCCCUCUUCAGGACUUGUUAGCAUUGAAAGAGGAAUAUACAGCACGCCCUGCAACAGAAGAGACAAUCAACGACCCUACAAAUCCAAAGCACUAUUGGAGAUUCCGUACACAUGUGACUCUGGAGUCAUUAAACAAAGAUAAUGAGCUCCAAACCAUCAUUAAAGAUCUUGUACGUUGGGGUGGAAGAUCGAUUCCUCCAGAGGAAUCACAAGUUGAAGAUGCUGUCGCUGAGAAGCAACAGUUUGUCGCAACCGACGUAAAGAUCCGUAAUCCUUCCGAAUCUAAUGGAGUUUCAUUGAAGGAUCCUUUAGCUGUCCGUUGA